CUCUCUCUCUCUCUCUCUCUCUCUCUCGUCGGCGACGCACGCACGCAGCCGCUCCGCGCCGCCGCCUCCACGGGCCGAGUUGGUUGGCCAUGGCGGCCACGGCAGAUCCGCGGGCCAAGCCCCUGGCGGCGCCACCGCCGCACCACCUCGAGCCGUGGUCGGCGCGUCAGCCGUCACCGCAUCGCAUGCCCGUCCUUCCCGUGGCAGCCUCGCCCGCCGCGGGUGGCGGGUGCGCGGCCGCCCGCGAUCGCCGCAGGUCGUCGUCCCACCGGCGGGGCGCCGCCGCCCAGGGCGUCGGGGAGGAGCCGUGCGGCGGCGGGAUCGAGGCGCUGCGGGCCAAGCUCAUGGGCCACCUGCGCGACGCGGCCGACCGGCUCCGCGUGCCGCAGCCUAGAAGUUGGGGCUCCUCCCUGCCCCACCCUCCUCCUCCGCCGCCGCAGCCGAAGGCCGCGAGCCCACCGCCCGAGACGGACUCGGAGCCCGAGCUCCGUGCGCCUCCUCCGCCGCCUCCUCCUCCUCCUCCGCAGCAGCAGCCGCAGCCGCAGGCGGAGGCUGCGACGAGGCCGUGGAACCUGCGGGAGCGGUCGCGGCGGCGCCCGGCCGCCAGGUCGUGGGCCGCGUCCCCGCCCCCGCCUCCCUCGUCGUCGUCGCGCAGGCGGCGCAGGCGCGCCCCGUUCUCCGUGUCCCUGACGGCGGAGGAGGUCGAGGAGGACAUCUACUCGCUGACCGGCGCCCGGCCGCGGCGGCGGCCCCGGAAGCGGCCGCGCGCCGUGCAGCGGCAGCUCGAUUCGCUGUUCCCCGGGCUGUGGCUGACCGAGAUCACCGCCGACGCGUACCGGGUGCCGGACGAGUAGCUCCUGCUGCUGCUCCUCCUGCCGCCCCCGCCUUGCCGGCGCCGCCAGCCAGUUUCCAAGCUCCAACACCAGGGCUCCAAGGAAGGGAAGGAAGCUGGGACAUCCAACCACCUCGCGUCAUCGCGUCGCGGUCGCGUCGUCUCAUCGCCCCGAAUUUACAACUCAGGUCGACUCGAGCCCACACCCAGCCUGGUAGGUCCGCCUCCCCUGAUUGUCGUAUGCCCUCCCAUGCUCUCUCACUUUUUUUUUUGGCUUCCUCCCCUCGUCUCCUGGUGCUGUACGUGUGCUCCAUUCCCGCACCUGCCUCUAGCAGGCUGUACAUACAGUUGUGUGCUUUGUGGUUACUGCUGCUGCUCAAUUCAAGAACAAGUUCCAGUA